AUGGCGACGCCGCCGUGGGAGCAGCGCGCCGCGGCCGAGGCCGACUUCAGCCUCGAGGUCGCUUUGCCGCCGCGGGUCACCGUCCUCUUCGCGGGCCGCCAAGUCCACCCCGACCCCGAGAACCGCGACGCGAACCCCUACGUCAUCGCCGCCACCCGCCACUGCCUCCUCGCCCACUUCUCCGCCUACCCCUUCGACGGCGCCCAAUUCUACAACAACCCCUUCGACAGCCACCUCGUCGUGGUGCGCGACCUCGGCGCGGCGCCGGGGGGCCGGGUGGCGGCCUCCGUGGUGCACAUCCCCGACCGGUCCGGCCACGCCCCCAUCCUCUGGAACAUCCAGAACGUCGCCCUCGCCGCCGACGCCGCUGGCAACUACAGGAUCGUCGAGCUCCAGGCCGACAAGGGCAGCGACCGCGCCACGCUCGUCUACCUCCGAUCGGACAACUUCCCCGAGGGGUGGUGCGGGAAGCACGUGGCGUACCCCCUGGCGGCGCACGACCGGGAGUGGAUCCCCCGCGGCGCGGCCCACGCCGACGACAGGCUCUGGUGGUUCGACCUCACGUGGGGGAUCCUCAGCUACGGCGCCUCGGGCUCGUUCACGGAGCCGGGCUUGGGCUUCCACCCCCUCCCGGAAGGCCGUGGCCUCGACCAGGAGCCGCCGCACAUCCACACCAAGCGCUGCGUCGCGGCGAGCGGGAACAGGCUGCGGUACGUGGAGAUCAUCGUCGCCGAGGGCGAAGCGGCGAGGGUGUCCCUGUGGACGCGGAGCCGCACCCCGGAUGGGGCUGGGUGGCAGUGGGACGCGAACUACUCGGUGGGCUUCCCGGAGAUCUGGGACGACGACAGCUACAAGGAGACCGGGCUGCCGCGGGACGUCCCCUCGCUCGUGGUCGUGUGCCCGUCGGACCCCAACCUGGUCUACUUCGCCCUGGGCCGGCACAUGUUCGGCGUCAAUGUGCCGGCGCGCAGGGUCGUGCACCACGGGGACAUUGAGCCCCUGAACGCGACAUUGCCAUCGCCGGUCUCCGGCGCAUUCCUCGUCCCUUGGGUUCUUCCACCAGAGGUUGCCCAAGCACUGCCGCCGCCGCAGCCCGCGGCGGCGGAUCCCGUUCCUGACGAAGACGUGUUGAUGGCUGCAGAAGACCUCAUCCGCAUGAAGUACGACACUAGUGGCAGUGGAUCGCAAUCGCAAGCAGAGGGCGGAGGAUGUUAG